AUUAAAUAAAAGCAUGCAGUUGCUUAAGCUGUGUUUUAUUUUAAACUUGCUGUCAGACUGUUCUAGUUUACACUAUCUAAGGUUACUUCGAUUGCUGUUAGUUUAAAUAUUCAACGUGUAGAUCUCUUUAGCGGGCGGUGUUGUGCUGUAAUUUACGUAUGUAGUGUUAGCUGAACAUUUUGCUAAUUUGUUUACCAUAUGUUAGAAUUGGGCAACGUCACAAUGUGUACGUAUGACAACACAACAACACAACCAAUAAAGGAAUAUCAGACGGGUCAUAGAGAAGUCAGAAUGUCUGAAAAUGUAGGGAUUGACCAGAAAAAUGUUUACACCCCAAAUAAUAAUGAAGUUUAUAGAGAUGUUGACGGGUUCCUAAUAUCUUUGACCCCUUAUACAUGGGAUAUAAUUCAACAUAAAGUAGAAGCCGGCGAUCUGUUAUUUGGCAGAUCUGUUGCAGGAACUUUAAAAUAUAAAGAAGAAAUUGCGCGCAUAAAGGACCAAUGGUUGUCCAUAGACGACUUCUGUAAACACCAUUUCCUUGGCUAUCCGAUGAAAUCAAAAGAAGUAAUCAACGAACAAAAUGUUUCAAAAUCCGUCUUUUUUGUUGAUCAAAGCGAGACUGGAAGAGACAGGCGGCGACGUAAGUCUUGAUGGAAGAGAAGCGUUCAAAGCUGAUGAACCGCGGGAACAAUAACGAGGUUUAUCGCGAAAACGAUGUACGAAAAAUUGUUUCUUGAUAUUUGUUUACUUCCGUUAAUCCACGAACCAAAGAGCGGUUUACGAUUGCUGGGGCGUUAAAAAGCCAAACAUAGGACAUACCUGUGUGGUUGUAUUUUAGUUAAGUAUUCAUUUAGACGUUGCGGUCUUUGAUGUUUAGCUCGAGUAACCUUGCUUGCGAUAAAAAGCAACUGAGCAACUGUUCAGCAGGUUUUGCUGUUACAUUCUGUCAAUCAAAUGCACCACUGUCCCCACAAGAAGACACUGUAGAUUUCUGAAACAUCUGCGACAAAUGUCUGUUACGAUAUAUAGACUCCUUACGUGUAGGGAUACUAUAAAAUAAUUAGGAAUGUCAAGCAAAAAUUACUUCAAUACAGUUGUGGUAAAGCGGUUCUUCUAAAAAUGAAAGAAAAUACCACAAAUUUACAACGAAUUUAAACGUAUAAGUUAGUUAUUAAUAAUAAUAACACGUGUAUACCAAGGCAAGGUCAAGUUCGUGCGUUCCAACCAGUAUGUGAACGAGGUAACGUUGGUAGAAAUGAUUUCAAGGCGUUUUUUAACUGCUGUUCGCUCUCCCAUCACCCAUGCAGACUGCUUGGCACCUCUGUGGGUUAACGUGGCCAAGUGGCACAAAAAUCUAAUCUGUACAAUUAAGGCACUUGGAAAAAGUCCGGCCACUUAACUCUUGGUUAGCUGCCCAUAAAUCCAGGAUUACGUGGAACAAAAACUUUACCGUGAGAAUAUCGGUUUGGUGAAUGUUUAUAGCUGAUUUAAGCAAAAGUACCAUUGUUUACGCCUUUAAGUUUAUGUUUUAAAUUCAAAAAAAUCAGAGCAAUUAUAAUUUCUGCCUGUAA